UCGCAUAUCUGCUUCUUUUGCUUCUACCUUGUGGAACCUGACCAGCCUCACCAUGACUCUGGAGGAAGUUCCCGUGCAGAACUGCAGUGAGAAAGUUUGCCGCACCGGCGAGGCGCUGCAGGAGGCCCUGGAGUCCGCCCAAGCCAACGAGUGCCUCACCAUCGGCGUGUACGAGUCUGCUAAAGUCAUGAAUGUCGAUCCUGACAGCGUGGCUUUCUGCGUGCUGGCGAUGGACGAGGAGUUCGAGUGCGACAUCGCCCUGCAGAUCCACUUCACUCUCAUUCAGGCUUUCUGCUUCGACAACGACAUCAGCAUCGUGAGAGUGAGCGACGCGCAGCGCCUCGCUGAGCUGCUGGGAGACAAAGCGGGGCAGCUGGAUGACGCGCACUGCGUGCUCAUCACGAACCCCACCGAGGGCUCGUGGGAAGACCCCGCUCUGGAAAAGCUGCACGUGUUCUGCGCAGAGAGCCGCAGUUGCCACGAGUGGGUUCCGGAAGUGACUCUGCCCGCGCGCUGAGCCUCUCUGCACUGCACUGCUGCUGCAAGUUUGAAGGAAAUACUCUCCUCAUUCUGAGGAUCGAGGAUGAUUCUGAUGAAGCUCCUGUGGAGGCUCAUGAACGCGCGAGCGCGCGUGGACAGG